AUGUUCUCCGAAUAUGCUUCGAGAUUCCUCGCACAGUCACAAUCCCGGAUUUCCAACUUUGGCCAGGGGGACAACGGCGAUAGAUUUUCUCGGCCAACGGAUUGGCAAGGCAGAAACUCACGACUAGCAGGGCGCGCUUUCUUGGGUAGGGGCGGCGGAAACCCAUACCAGCCCAGUGGCUCCAGGUUUGGCAGCUUAGCUGGCUUCGGCUCUCGGUAUGCGACCAACGAUGCCCCUUUGUUUCAGGCCACUCUUGAGCAAGAUGACGAAGAUGAGGAGGAGAGAGAUCGGGAGGCCGCAGACUUGUUUGCUCUCCAGCGGUCGCGGCGCGUGUUCGCUACAAGCCACCUCGACGAGAGUACAGAAACGGAAAAUGACGGUAGUCAUGCAUCUCUGGAGCACAGCCAAGAGGAAGGGGUGGGAUCGGUAGAAGAACGGCUCCGUGGGAUUAACAGCAGUUGGAAUGGUACAAAAGGUUAUUCUCGUCGGACCCUACAGCCGCAGGACACAGGCAAGGGCAAGUGGAAACAACAGAGAAACUUGACAGGUGGCAAUCUUAGCAGGGGGAUGGAAGACGUUGCACUGGAGUCUACGAUUGCCGAGAGCGGAGCACCAGAGGACUUAGCAAGGGAGACACCCGCGGACGACGAGCCACCAGCCUUUCUGAGGUUCAAAUCGCCCACCCUCCCAGCACGGCAGUCGCCCGGACGAGACUCAGCAGACGAUCCCGAACUUGGUCCCCCACGCGCUCCAAGCUCCCUGGACACCAACCUGAACGGCAGCCCGGGUUCGUCCGCCGUCGAGGGCGAGAUAUUCAAGCACGAUGCUUUCUUCGCCUGGCUCUAUUUGAUUGCCCAGGCAUCACUCUUCGCAACCUUUGUGCUGGUCUUCCUGCACACUAGCCGGGGAGACAGGCCGCUGGGGGACACCAUCUACACUACUUUGCGCGCUUCCUUCCACCUCCUGGCUGUCGACACCUUAGUCUCGAUCGUUGUCUCCCUUAUUUGGCUUGCGGCGCUGCGUUCAUUCGUCAAGCCUCUGGUUGCUCUGGUCUUAGUUGGCGUACCGGUGAUCUUGAUAUCCUUCUCGCUAUACGCUUUCGUUUCCAGCUACCAGGUUGCUAGCGGCAGUACCCGUCUCCAAGACACUAUUAUGCGUUGGGCGGCUGGCGUUCCUGCCGCCUCAGCAUUAGUCUGGCUGUAUCUUGUCUACAGGGGACGGCACGCGCUGAAGUCGGCAGUCGGCAUCCUCGAGUUCUCGAGCCGGAUUCUGGCCGCAAACCCGGCCCUUGUUCUCGUCGGCAUGGGUUGUCUCGCUUUUGUGGUGACCUGGACUUGGAUCUGGCUUCUCAUGUUCACCCGGGUCUUUCUGGGAGGGAGCUUCUCAAGCGGGCUCGCAAAGUUCAUCAUCAGCACGUCUAGUUGGUGGCUCGGAGUGUACUUCAUUCUAAUGUACAUCUGGACGUUGUCCAUUGUCUCAGGGGUCCAGCGAAGCACCACAGCGGCUGCGGUAUCUCAAUGGUAUUUCCAUCGCAAUGCGGUGCCGGCUCCGUCCUCCAGAGAGAUUGUGUCAGCAGCUCUAGGACAUGCACUGACGACCAUCUUCGGUACCAUCAGCCUGUCGACGCUGCUGGCCCUCGGCAUCCGGCUGCCGUUGCUGAUCUUGCCGCAACGGCUAGCCAAUAUCCUCAGCCUAGUCGUCUACUCGUUCAUUCCGACCCCCAUCGCUGCCUUGACGAAUCCCUUGACAUUGACCUACGCAGCGAUCCAUUCGCAGACAUUGGCCAUGUCAUCCAAAGGAAUCAGCCAGAUGGACUUCCUCUCGCCCCAGCGACCGACAACCACACUCACGCCCGCGUCGCUCCCCAAACACAACCGAUAUUCGCCUCUGUUGCCGUACCGGCUUGCAAAGCUGAUUCUCCACGCAACACGAUUCAUGAUGGCCACGGCCUUGGGAUUCGCAGGCUGGGUCAUGACGGCGCGGCAGCUGAGGAUCGAUCGCCCCGACGGCCUGGGAGUGCGAGGUAGCGCAUACGCAUAUGUGGUGGGCCUGAUCGCCAGCUUCAUCGGCUGGGGAAUCUUGGGCGCGAUGGAGGGUAUCUUGAGCGGAAUCGUGGAUGGCGUUGUUGUCUGCUAUGGAAGCGAGAAGCGCAUGGCCACGGGCGUUGGUGGAUACUGCAUGGAGGCGGCAUAUCUCUUUGGGGGUCGGCGACAGGACGGCGCCAGUGAGGAGGUUUAUUGA